AAUAGGUUUAUGGAAAAUACAAACAACCCUACCUACCGGGUGUACCGAGCGGAGGGCCCGAGUCCCCGUCCGAUUUGCAAAUCACACGGCGACCACCGGCGGCCGGCGGGCAUAGGAGGUGGAGAGGCGACUAGGCAGCGUCCGGAGGAAGCGGCAGCAGUGGAGCAUACAAUUUUGGGGACGGGGACGGUGGAUUGCGAUGGAACAGGCGACUGGCGGUGAUGCUCGAAGAGGCAGCAACUGGCGGCGGAGGUGCUCAGGAGGCGUUCUAGCUGGUUGCGGGGACGGUCGAGGAGGCGUCAGCUAGCGGCAGUAAAGUUCAUGGGAGCGGUGGAUAUAUCUUGAGCUCUCCAUGGCAGUACGAUUUUUCUCUCCCUCUAGCUUCGAUUUCGGAGUGUAUUUUUGUUCCGAGCGCUCCAUCUUUCUCCCCUAAUCUAGGAUAGAAAAUUGCGGAGCAGAAGCGCCACCACAUCCUAAAAUAGCAUAGAUUUAUCAUUGGUUUGCUCGGGCUCCUCCAUGCGGCAAUGCCUCGCCACCACUUCCUUUCAUUUUCUCCCCAACCGGAGGUCCAGCCUGAAUUUCCUUCCUCCUUCGGUCCUUCCUUUGAGGAAUGCAUGUCUUGAAGGGAGAUAUGGAAGAUGGAUUGAAAUGAGGUACGCAGUGACAAAUCUAUCCAUGAUAAUUUUCUGAAAUUAUCAUUCAGUAAGCUCUUGCAUGCUGCAGAAUGGAUGAAGUGAGUGUGGAAAGGGUGCCACUGGUAUCUGUUGCUUCUGACUCUGUCAAUGUAGAAGCAAGUUUGAUUGAUUCAGAACCUCCUGCUGCCUUAGAUUUUCCUAAAAAAGCCCCGGUUGUUCAUAGUAGACAUUUAAGUGAAGAUUUAAGUGCCCUUACAAUUAAUGAUUUGCGUGUGAACAAUGGAGAGCAGAAUUGCAAUGAGCAGAUUGAAGGAAAGGGCGUAAAUAGUCAUGGUCACAUUAGACAUUUUAGUACAGAUUUAAGUUCCCUUGAAAUUAAUGAUUUAUACGCAAACAAAGGAGAGGAGAAUGGCCAUAACCUGCUUUGUGGAAAGGGAGAAAGUCGCCCUAACUCAGCUGAAAGAAACAUUUAUAAGGCAGCAGAGAUUGCUGAACGCUUCAUUAAAUCUAUAGAUAACAGAGUGCUUGUUGACACUGGAGCACCAAUAGAAUCCGUUAAAGAGGCAGUAAGCAAAUUUGGAGGUAUUCUCGACUGGAAGGAGAGACGUAAAAAUGUUCAAAAUGCACUUGACAAGGCACUUGAAGAUACUCCUGAUUACCAAAGAAGAGCAGAAGCUACAGAAGUUGAGAAAAAUAAAGUUCUAAUGGAAUUGUGUACCACUAGGCGAACCAUAGAAGGGCUCAAGCUUAACUUGGAGAAGGCACAAACUGAGGCAAUACAAGCACAACAAGACUCAGAGCUCGCUAAUAUACGGUUCAAGGAGAUACAACAGGGAAUUGCUUGCAGAGAGAGUGCUGCAGCAAAGGCAGAGAUUGAGCUCGCAAAAUACCGCCAUGCUAAUGCCUUAGCAGAACUACAGUCAGUGAAAGAUGAGCUGGCACAACUUCAGAAGGAGUACACAGCCUUAAAAACUAAAAGGGACAAUGCUGAGACAAAGGCAUGUGAAUCCAAUGCUGCAUCACAGGAGAUUGAGAAGACCGUUGAUGACCUCACCCUUGAGCUCAUCGCAUUGAAACAAUUGUUGACAUCUUCUCAAGCUACUCAUAUCAUAGCAGAGGAACAAAAAUUAAAUUUCGCUUUGGCAUAUCAACAAGAGAAGGCAAAAUGGCAGAAUGAGCUGAAGCAAGUUGAUGAUGAGGUUCAAAAGAUACAUGAUGCAGCAGCAGUCAAUAAAGAUCUCGAGUCCAAGCUAGAAGCUGCCUCUACACUGUUGGUGAAGUUGCAAGAUCAGUUUUCUACUUAUUUAAAAGGGGAGGAAUGGCCUGAAGAGGUUAGCCUAGAUGGAGAGGCAGGGAUCCCAAUUGUUAGUACUCGGGCGAAGCUGGCAAAGAGUAGGAAGGAGCUGGAGGACAUGAGGGCAGACAUUAAAAGGGCCAAGGAUGAGGUCAGAAUACUUUGGAAUGCUGCUGCUACACUGCGAGCUGAUAUAGAGAGGAACGAGACAGAUCUGGGGGCAUUGAGACACAAAGAGCACCUUGCUUCUGUUUCUGUCUCAUCUCUACAGGAAGAAUUGAGCAACAAGACAUAUGAGCUCAAUAUUGUCCAUGAAAGAACAAAAGCAGCUGAGAUGCCUGCAGAGCUACAGCAGGCAACUAAAGUCAUGGAACAAGCAAACUCAAAAGCUCAGAUGGCCCGUCAUGAGCUGGCGAAGGCUAGGGAAGAGGCAGAUCAAGCCAAGGCACAAGUCAAUGUCGCCAAGUUGAGGCUCGAAGCAGUGUCGAGGGAGAUUCUUGCAGUGAACACAUCUGAAGAAAUUGCAACCGCCUCAGCAAAUGCACUGCAAGAAUACAAGCUGGAAACACAUAUAGACCCCCAAGUUGAACGAGUAAGCGACAACUAUGUGACGUUAUCACUUGAAGAGUACGAUGCGUUAAGCAAGAAAGCACAAGAUGCUGAGGACCUUGCCAAGAAGCGGGUCAUUAAGGCUGUUGAGAAGAUUAAGCAAGCCAAGGAUGCAGAGGUGAGGAGCUUGAAUCAGAUGGAGCAGUUGGCCAAGCAAAUCAAUGGGAGGAAGUUGGAGCUGAGGGCCGCACAGGAGAAAGCUAAUUCGGCACAGUAUGGCAAGUUGACCAUGGAGAACGAGCUGAGGAAGCGGUGGGCCACACAUGAGCAACAGACAGAUGCGGGUGAGUCAGCCCAUGGCAUUGCUGAUCUCCCAAAUUUGAAGAACUCGUCGUUGUCUUUUGAUGCAGCAUCAUCCACCUCCAAUCCUCAAAUGGUUGGAUCAUUGUCUAGAGCUGACACGAUAGCGGCAACUAGGGUGAAAGAAUCGAAGCCACGGAAGUCGUUGUUUCCACGGUCCAUAGUAGCUAUGUUUGUUUCUAGGAAGAAGACACAUUGAAAGUAACAUUCCUUUCCACUGAUAAGAGCGUGGUAAGUUCUUUAGUAUGAUUAAUUUGUACAUGUACUCGUGUAGCAUAUAGGAUACAAUUUCAAACACGGAAUGCAGAAGCGAUUCAGAAAUUUUAUUUAAUUUGUGCUGAAGAUUUUAUCGAGCAUUGGUUGA